AUGCUUAAUGUGAAACGUGGAAAACGGAAGAGGCAGAUUCAAACUACUUUAGAUGAGAUUUUUAAAAGACAGAGGCCUCUUACUUCGUCCAGAGAAGGCAGCUCAACAAUGUCAACAAUGACAGGUUGGAGUUUUAUUUCAUUGUUUAAUUGUUGUUUAUGUACUGUAAUUGUUACUUGUGUGUAUGUACAGUAAAGAUGUAUUAUAGUAAGGCUAUGGACUAGCAGAUGGGGGUCAAUUUGCAGUUAUCAGAAUGAGAUAAUUUUGCAAUUGCUUUGCAUUAUACUGUACUAUAAACUAGCCUUGUAAUAUUUGCUCCUCUGUAUAAAGUGUCAACAUUUAAUAUGAAGUUCAUCACCACAUUUUCCUGCUCCGCAUUGCAGAAUUUUUACGGUGUGUGGUAGAGGCAAACUACAAGCACUCUUCUCACAUGUGACUGAGGUGAAAUUAUAAUGAGACAACUGGAUAUUGCAGGAAUCAAACCAAGGAACAAACCCGAGCAGUCUCUGAAAUGAAAGACAAUAUGCAUUAACCACUGUGGCACCAACAAUCAGCCUAUAUCUGUAAACAACUGUGCAUCUCAGAUGUGGUCGGGUGCCUUAAGCCAGGUUCACACUGGCAAUUCCGUCGGCGAUUUUUCUCCUCGCAAAUGUGAUUGAAUGAAUGACAUAUUGCAAAAGACUUAGAAUUGUUUACUUCUGAAAAGUGACUCUAUACUUUUGUGUGCGAGUUCACUCAUUUCCAUUUGUCAGAAACACAAAAUCGCCGACAAAAUUCCUAGUGUGAACCAUGCUUUAAUGAACCCUACUUUACUAUUUUAUUCUGUCUAAUGCCAGACAGACUUAUAACCCAUAAGCUGCAGAGCUUUCCCAUUGACAAGUAAAAUCAUCUGGCGUUAGACAAGUAAAAAAAAAGUAGGGCGCACUGGGGCGCAUUGCGGCUCAAUGGGUUAACUAGAGACAUUGUCAGAUUUUUGGUUAACCCAUUAAGCUGCAGAGCUUCCCCAUUGAUGAGUAAAAUCAUCUGGAGUUAGACAAGUAAAAAAAAAGUAGGGCGCACUGGAGCACAUUGCAGCUCAAUAGGUUAACUUAAUUAUCAUGGGAAAGGUGCUAGCACUCAAUGGGUUAAUUAAGGCUAUCUGCCCACAGCGUCUGUAAUUUGCCUCGGCAAUUAAUCAACUGCCCAUAUGUGUCUAGUUAACAUUGCGCCCCAAAGCUCCCUACAUUAUCAUUUAACACCAGGCAAUUUUACUUGUCAGAGGGAGAGUGCAGCCACUUAAUGGCGAAACCAAUGUAGUGAAAUAGAUUUGUCUGCAUGUUUUAGAUGUAGUUGAAGUAUACUCAAGUGAAGAGAAUGAGGUGAAGGCACCAGGGUCAAAUGAUAACAAACAAAAUCAAUCAGGAAAGUUGCCAGAAGCAAGUAUUGAUGAAAUUGAAGAAUUUUCUUCAUCAGAGAGUGAUGACGCACAAGAGGUAAUGAUUGACCGAUAAUCGGGCCAAUUUUUGUCUUAUUGGUAGUAUUUGAAUUGGUAGAAUUAUCUAUAUUUUUAUUUUCUGAUUUUUGAUUGUCAAAAUUUUUGUCUCCAGAAGAAAAUUCUUUUUUCCUGCCCUACCAAUGGGACAUUGCCGCUUAAAUUGUUAACCCAUUAACUUCCACCAAUUUCUCUUCAUGACAUAUGAAAAAUCACUUUCUAGUGUUACUGACAUGUAGACUCAGUAAAAUAUCAAUUUUCUUAAAAAUUUAUCAUAGGCAAGCAGGGAACCAAAAAAUCAUGAGUAUGAGCAAACUAAAGAUGAAUCACUGUCCGAGGCAAAUCACGAAAGAAAAAAAGUUGAAGAGAAGUCAUCUGAGACAACUGUUGAGACAAUAGUCAUUGAAAGUUCACAAGAGUCGACACCUUACUCUGAGAAUAUUGAUGUUUGUUCAUCAGAUUCAAACUUUGAAAUUCCCAAGAAAGAUAGGGAGAUACCUGUCAUCAUGGUAAAGUUAGGAACAAACAAUCUGGUGGAAAAUGACGAGGAGCUGUCUGAAGCAAGUGGGGGAAAGGGCAUAUCAUUUGUGAUGAACAUAAACACAAAAGAUAAAGAUAAUUUAGAUCUUGAUGACGAGGAAACCAGACGAGAUAUAAUUUGGCAUGUGUGGUUGAAUCUGGAAAGCAAGGAAGUGCAAGAAAGACGAAAAGCCAAAGUGAAGGAAUUGGAAGAAUGCCUCAAGGAAAUGACCAUUGAAAUGAAAAGAAAAGACAAGGUGCAGUUGUCUGCGGAAGGUACAGACACAAGAACUGGUGAUGUGAAUGAGAUGAAGUCCUCUAAAACAAGUGUGGAAAUAUUUAUUAGAGAAAAAGACAUCAAGUUGAUUAAGGCAAAGAUGCAAGGAAGAAAUUGUGAAGAUCCAGAGGAGUCUUCUGAUGCAAGAGUAGAAAUGAGGAAUGAAAAUAGGGAUACUGGAGAGACAUCUCGGGCAAAUGUGGAAAUACGGGGAGGAGAUCAAGAUCAUUUGUUCCAGGAUGGAGGGAAAGCAAGGAAUGAAGACAAUAGGGAAUUGCCUGGGGCACGUAGGGAAAUUAUAUGCGUAUCAGAUAAUGAUAACGAGGAUAGAGGGGAACCUAGGGGAAACAUCGAAAUUACAGUCGUAUCUAGGGUAAGCAUGGAAUUUAAAUUCGUAGCAGAUCAAGAUGAGAACAAAGAGGGUAGAGAAACGAAGUCAUCUCGGGCAGAAAAAGACGAUAAGGAUAAAAGGAGGUUGUCCAAGGGAAAUGAUGCGGAAGGAGAGAUGUCAUUCAAGGAAGACAAAGAAAGAAAGAAUGAAAGCGAUGAUGAAACACAAAAUUAUGAAUUGUAUGUGAUUUUUAGGUUAUAUGAAAAACUUGAUUCAAGUAUUUUAUUUUACCCCCAGCUAAUGCUGCAGACUUUUAUUAUUAUAAGUAAUAGCAUGUCAUUCAGGGCAAUUAGUGAUUAAAUGUACCCUCGAGACUUGAGGGACAUUUCAUCACUAAUCGAUUAUAAUAUCAUGCUAUCACUUUCUAAGGCGUAAAAAAACCCCUGUGGUUUCGGUUCCCGACAGACCCUAUUUUUUUCUGUCGACCCUAUUAUUUUUUUAACUCGAUUGACCGUGCGACCCUAUUUUCUCUGGGUGGUUGCGGGUUGCUGCCAAAAUGGCGUCUGUUGUCACACAAAUUAUUGAAAAAACCAUGAAAAAAAUAUUCAAAAAAAAAAUUAUUUCCGACCUACCGACCCUAUUUUUUUCGCGAUAUUAAACCGGAACCACAGGUAUUUUUUUUACGCCUAAUCAUAGCUACCGAGAUAAUAAAACAGUUUCAUUCGAUUGAAUAAGUUGAAAUGAAAAGGCGCGUUUGCUUUUUUGAUACCAAUGACUAUUGGGAUGUUCGUUAAUGAGGUUACGGUUGAUGUUUCAUGUCUUUUUGAACAUCAAUAUGAGAGGUUAUGCAUAAAGAUGAGGGACAAUUUAUUAGUAAAUAAUCGUUCCGUGGGAUGAUUAGUUUCUAAUCGUCCCUCGUGUUUUAGCAAUGAGGUAAAUGAGUCAUUAAUCGUCCCUCGCGGGGUAGCUAUGAUAUUAUUUAGCUUAAUUUUAGCUGAAAUUGAAGUUAAAACUCUUUAGGUUACUUGAAGAAGAAAACCAUGGAGAGAAUAUCGAGCCUGUUAGACUUGUAAGUAUGCCACAUAUUUCAGAUCAACAUAGAUAUGAUCUCUGUAAGAUCAGCAUGGAUUGUUGCCUCCUAGAAAUAGCACCUGGUCUCUUAUAAGCUCUGUCAAUUAUUUUUAGGGAGUAGAGUUUGACACACUGCUUCGAGCACCUGGAUGUUGUGGUCCUCAACAAUCAUUAACUCCAAGUCAAACACAUACCAUCUUAUUUAGGGUACGUAUAAUUAACUGGAACAUAAUAUGGGUAUUGGGUAACAUGCAGUAUUCACAUUCUUCGAUAAGGCAUGGUUGAAUUGAUUGAAAUUCUGGUCAAAAUGUUUCACUCUUAUAUCUUAUUUAGCCUUAUCAUCCAUCGCAGCCCUACCCACGCUCGUACAGGUAAACUUCGGGUUUCUUUGAAAUUAAACUUCUGUAUUGUAUGUUUAUUUUCUGUGGCCUUUAUUCUCUAUUUCCUUUUUUCUGUGAAAUUUAGAGAUAAAUGGGAUCACGACCAUGUGCGCAUGCCCUGUUCUCAACAGAAUAAAUUCCCCGCCCAGGCUGAAGAAAAGAAGCUAGUGAGUCGUUGGGAGUUAAUUUGUCGUGCAUUUAACAAACCCAUGGCUACAUCUUAUGAUCUUGAGGUAAAAUUAGUGGUAACAAUGAUAAUGAUGAUGAUGAUUGUUGAUGUUGAUGAUGAUGGUAGUAAUAAUGAUGAUUGUUGAUGUUGAUGGUGGUGAUAAUGAUGAUUGUUGAUGUUGAUGGUGGUGAUAAUGAUGAUUGUUGAUGUUGAUGAUGAUGGUGGUGAUAAUGAUGAUUGUUGAUGUUGAUGAUGAUGGUGGUGAUAAUGAUGAUUGUUGAUGGUGAUGAUGAUGUUGACGAUUGUUGAUGGUGAUUAUGGUUGUUGAUGAUAAUGGUGAUGGUGAUAUGAUUGUUGAUGAUAAUGGUGAUGAUGAUUGUUGAUGAUAAUGGUGAUUAUGAUUGUUGGUGAUAAUGGUGAUUAUGAUUGUUGGUGAUAAUGGUGAUUAUGAUUGUUGAUGAUAAUGUGGUGAUGAUGAUUGUUGAUGAUAAUGGUGGUGAUGAUGAUUGUUAAUGAUGAUGAUGAUGAUGAUGGUGGUGACGAUUGUUGAUGACUGAUAAUGAUGAUUAUUGUUGAUGAUAAUGGUGAUGAUGAUGAUUAUUGUUGAUGAUAAUGAUGACGAUUGGUAAUGAUCAUGUCAUCGCGAUGCUGAUGGUUUUUUUCUGACCUAUUCAUUCAUUGUGCAAACAUUUUUUCUCGUCUUUAGAACGCUAUUCUUUCGUACCACGCUAGAAAUUUCAAUUUUAAACUUUUACAUAUAUUAUUACUAGAGGUAAACUUAAAUUUCCUACAUUGGAACUGAGCUCUAUUUUCAGUAUAAAUAAUGAUAAAAUUCCUUUAUUUCUAACACUUGUAUAUAACUUGUAUGUACAGUAUAAAUAAAGUUAGUUUAGAUAAUAUGCAUUUCGUGUUUUUAGAAUAUCACUCCGGAAGAACACAAAGAGUUUAUUGAAUUUACUUUGCCUGGAAUUAUUCAAAUGGCGUUAGCUUUGCCCCAGACUUGCACUCAGGUAAUGCAGUAAUAUACGUAUUUAGCAAACGCAUGCUUAUGCCCGUUGGCAACAAAUUAUCUCAUUUUAAAUGCUUAGUUACCUUCUUUUCAUUUUGCUUACGUUGUCAGAACAACAGCCUCUGUUUGCAGAUUUCAGUAUAAACUAUUUAUUUUUCAGUCUAUUCCUUUUCUGAGCCAGCAGAAAGAGCACAUCAUCACAAUGUCUCAACAGCAGGUACAAAAUUAUAUUUCAUUCAUUUUCUAAUUCAAACUGUAGUAGAAUUCUUUCAGUGUUUGUAGGUGUCACUAAGCACUAUCUAGCAGCAUGCAGAUGGUGGCCAACCUGCAGUUAUCAGAGUGAGAAAAUGAUGUUUAUUCUUACUAACAUUGUCUGUAUUUCAUACAUUCUCGUUUACUUUAUUUUAUCUAGGCAGCUUGCUUACUGGCUUGUGGCUUUCUGUCUGUCUUCCCAAAACGUAAUCCAGGCGGCCGCCGAAAUAGGAAUGACGAAUUUUAUAAUUUUCCCCCAAUGAACUUUGCCAGGUAAAUGACGUAAUGUUUUAUAGGUAAAUGAUGUAAUGCUUUGUAUGGCAAUGACGUAAUGUUAAGUGUAACUAACUAUAUUUAUAAUGUACUUCAUCAGUUUUAAGCUGUUCCCACUAACCCUUUCUAGGCUGUUUCAACUCGAUGAUAGCAAACGUCCAAGUUUAAAGAAAAUGGAGAAAUUGAAAUGCAUUUUACAUUACUUCAAAAGAGUCCUACAACAACGUACGGUUUGUACACAGUUUUGACCACACAGUUUUGUGCAGUAUUAUUACAUUGGUUAAAUGUGUCUUUUAUCUCUGUGACUGAGGUUUGAUUCCUGCAAUAUGCUGUGGUCUGAAUAUAUUCUCACAUUUGUUGUAUGUUGGAAGACUGCUUAAUGUUUAACUCCCUGGGUUUUUUCCUGUUUCCCUCUGCAGUAACACUAUGUCUAGGGAGAGAAAUUUGGGACUAAUAGAGCUAUCCAGCCUUUAUAAAAUUAAUGAAAAAAUUAGCCCAGUUUUCGAAUUAUUUUUAUUUUCAGUCAACCAUUGUUUAGUGUUCUUUGUGUCAUUAGACAGAUUUAGAUCGAGGACGCGGACGUCAAAGACGACGUGAAAAUGGCGUCAAAAUGGCGUGGCAUAUCCAUCCAUGGGCACAACACGCCAUUUUCACGUCGUCUUUGACGUCCGCGUCAGAAGUCCUCGAUCUAAAUCUGUCUACAUCUAUUGUUUCUUCAGCGCCUCACGGAACAAUUUCGUUCAAGAGACAAGUUUUGAAGCCUGAUGAAGCUCCUAAAUGGAAUAGGUGCGUUGGGAAUAAUUAUUGUGUUCUGGACCUCCUACUGGAGGAAACAAGCUCCUCACUUUCCUUACCUUAUUUAGUUCUCAGACAAGAUUGUGUCGUCUACGUGUAUCAAGCGAUGGGACUAUAGAAGACGAUGCCCCAGGACUUUUACAGGUUAGUAAGGACUAUAGUACGUCUUUAUACCAGUGAUAGACAAGUCUCUGAUUCAGAGAAGAAUAUUUAUAUACUAUUUACUAAUCACCACAUUCAGCAUAAUAUUCACCACGAUACUCUCCCCAUUCACCACAAUACUCUCCACAUUCACUCACAGUAUUUUCCACAUUCACUAUGAACAUACCUUUCCAUAGCCGUUACAGUCAGAAUGUUUGAGUACCUUCGUGUUUUCAUCAAUGUUGACUAUUAACAUUGGAUGAGGAUAACAAUAAUGCAGGUAGUAAAAGUAAGAUUGAAGACAGAAGACACUAUAGUAGAGCUGUAAGUUAUAAACUCUAAAAGAAACUUGAUUUUAAUAAUAUACAGUAUACUUUUCUUAUCUAUCAGGUUGAUUUUGCAAACCAAAUGAUUGGUGGUGGUGUGCUAGGCGAGGUCAGUUUUUAUAGCUAAAACUAAUCUCAAAAAUAGUCGUAACCGAAGCCAAGCCAAAUGGCUAUGCGGGGUUUUCCUUUAUCUGCAAACUACGUCACAAGGCAGACUUUUUAAAACGGUCUAUUGACGAUUUUUUAUCAAACCAUUACAGGGAUGUGUACAAGAGGAAAUAAGGUUUGCAAUCUGUCCUGAACUGAUUGUGUCGAGGUUGUUGACUGAGAGGUUACAGGAUAAUGAAUGUUUGAUUGUUACUGGAGCAGAAAGGUUCAGUGAUUAUGCUGGUUACGCUGCAAGCUUUCAGUGGGCAGGGAAUCAUGUCGACCAAACCCCCAGGUAUGUCACUUAUGUCUAUGUAAUUCAAAAGUAUUUUAUUUAGACUUAACUGGGAAGAUUUCCUACACCAUUUUUAAAGUGUAAAGAAUUACUCUUUAAAACGCAGCUACGAUUUAUAUUCUAUUAUAAUCUUGUAUCAUAAAAUUUGAAGGGACUUCGUUGCUGGGGGGGGGGGCUUUUAAACUGGGGACCACGCGGGGAAAAGUACCCUUUGCACCCCCUCCGCAGACGUGCCAUACAAAUACAUUCUGGGUUUUUGUUUCAGAGAUAGUUGGGGCCGUCUCCACACAGAGGUAGUCGCAAUCGACGCCAAACCGCGCAUUGGAUAUGUAGCCCAGUUUUCCCCUGGACAUAUCAAACGUGAGUUGGAAAAGGUAGGGUUACGUUUUAGGUUUUUUAUUCUGAAUAACUCUAUCAUAUCUGUACUGUUCUUCCCAGAGGUCCAGUAAGGACCAGUGUUACUACAGGAUUACCAGGAGAAAACGUGUGGUGUUUGGUAGAGUCAAACUGGAAGCACUCUUCUCACAUGUGACUGAGGUGAAAUUAUAAUGAGACAACUGUAUAAUGCAGGAAUCAAACCUUAGUCACAGAGAUGAAAGACAUGCCCUGACCACUGGAUCAGCAACACCUCAAGUUCAAUAUGCAUCUUGGUCACAUCAUAGCCUAUCGAAGGGAAGAUUGUUGUGAAACUCAUUAGAAUAACAAUAUACAGUAACUCAUUAUCUAUGUUAUGUUUAUUCAUAAAUCUGGUCCUUCACCGUCACGUGGGUAUUGCAUAUUUGCCAAAUCCACCAAUAGCAAUUUACCUAAAUUCUUUGUAGGUUUGUAUGGCGAUAAAACAUAUUAAUAAUACUUUUGUUUGUGGAAACAACACGUAAAUUUAUUAAUUUACUUGCAGUAAUAAAUUUACGUGGUGUUUCCACAAACAAAAGCAAUUUCCCUAUUCGAGUCGCGGUAGGUAACUUUCCUAAAACAUUGCUAUUGGUUAGUUGGGCAAACAUACAAUACACACAUGAGGAUGAAGGACCAGAUUUAUAAGUAAACGUUGACUAACAUAGAUGAUAAGUUAUAUUGUUAUUCUAAUGAGUUUCACAGCCAUCUUCCAUUCUAUAGGCUAUGGUCACAUCUACCAGCAUACAGAGGAUACCCAGCAACCAAAGACGAACCAUAUACUUUUCAUUUCUUUAAGAAGCAAAAUAUUAAAUACUUUGUGUUUUUUUGUAGGCAUUCAUUGGAUUCCUUUCCAGAGAGACAGCUGCCGAGCAUUUACCAGCGGUUGCUACAGGUACUGCAGUUAGUGGUCUUUCUUUGGCGAAACUGGAAAUUAAUUAAACUGAUUUAGAAUGACGUUUGUGAUGUUACUCUGAGUGUACAUUCACACCGGGUAAGCUGAAAAGUUUGCUUGGCCACGGCCAACACCAGCACACACAAAUAUCAUAUCUUAGAAUACACUGAUAUCGAAGGAACUAGACUCAGUUCCGAAAUCUAAUCAUCGACUCCAACCGACUUGACCACGUAGCUCAGUUGGACUAGUAUCCCAAAGGUCGCGGCCGUGGACUCCCACCGUGGCCAAGCAAACUUUUCAGCCUGCCCGGUGUGGAUGCACACUCAGAGUAACAUCACAAACAUCAUAUUCACCUGAGUACACAACACCAACACACACAAAAUAUCAUAUCUGAUUUAGAAUAUUAUCCUUUUCUUUUCAAGGAAAGUGGGGGUGUGGGGCAUUCAACGGUGAUCCUCAACUUAAAAGUACGUGAUGUUUUUUAAAUUUUAAUUUAAUGAAUAUAAGAGAUCAGAAGUCAGCGAAAUUUUGAUGCCAAAGACUACUGAAUCGUUCUAAUAUGGCCACUAGCCUGGUAACCACGUCUGAGAUAAUUAUUUUAUCUUUGACACAGGUUUAAUUCAGAUUAUGGCCGCCAGUGCAGCACAUAGAGAUAUAUUAUAUUUCACUUUUCAAGAUAAGGUAUGUAUUGCAUUGAAAUCUACAGGGUGCUGUUUCAAAUAUAUCUACCUACCUUUCGUAUAGUAUAAAAUAACCGCUUUAAUAAAUUGUGUACUUGGAAUAUUUAAGGAACAUGCCCAAGAACUCUAUGAAAUACACUUUUUACUGAAGGAUAGGGAAAUUACAAUUGGUAUGUUUUAAAGUAAACUAACUUUAUUCAUACUGGUCAGGAUAGCUUUGUUAGUUUCAAACAGUAAGGAUAAUCUCUUAUUGAUCCAGUGUUACUACAGGAGGAAACCUAAACUAAACUAACUUUAUUUAUACUACAUAGCUCGAUCAAUUCUAAACUGUUCUUCCUAGACGUCCAGUAAGGAUCAUCUCUUAUUGAUUCAGUGUUACUACAGGAGGAAACCUAAACUAAACUAACUUUGUUUAUACUGGAUAACUCUAUCAGUUCUAAACUGUUCUUCUUAGAGGUCCAGUAAGGAUCAUCUCUUAUUGAUCCAGUGUUACUACAGGAGGAAACCUAAACUAAACUAACUUUGUUUAUACUGGAUAACUCUUUCAGUUCUAAUCUGAUCUACUAGAGGUUCAGUAAGGAUCAUCUCUUAUUGAUCCAGUGUUAUUACAGGAGGAAACCAGAAUACCUGGAAAAAACCUGUAGUGUUUUUUUCGUAAAGUGAAACUGAAAGCACUCUUCUCACGUACAACUGCAUAUUGCAGGAAUCAAAACGCACCACUAACACCAUCUUCAAACUAUAAAGGCAUUUUAACCAUUGUUGUGUGAUUAAUAUUCGAUACUCUACGCAUUUUUCAUUUCAGGUCAACUUUGGCAAAUCAUCUUCAAAUUCCAAAAAAAGUUAAGUUCUGAGCCCCCAACCUCUCUGGAUUUAUUUGGGUAUAUUCGUAAAGAACUGGGAAGGAACGAUGACGGAUAG